AUGACACUCAGCCUGGAUGAAGGUAGUUUAUCAAAUGGGCUCUCGGGUCGUCGCUACACUGGAGAAAGCAGCGAGUGCUCGUCGUUGGUGGGCACUCCGACUGACACUGGAAGAAGUUUCACCUUCACGGCCGCUCAACGAACGCUGAUUCGAGACGAGCGAAAACCGAGCGUCACGCAAAACAUGUCAGAAAUGUUGCUUGAAGCUAUUCACUUUGAAGAUGUGGCUUUGGUUGAAAAAUUGCUCUCAUCACAUGUAAAUGCAAAGCCGUUAAGUACAUCGCCUAGUAUUGGCUCAACACACACAUUGAGUGAACUGGCUCAAAGACGUCAUGGAAUGCACAGACGAUCGAAUGCGAGCAGCACAGUCAGCACACAUUCCAAUGGAAGAUCAACUUGUGCCGUCCUUAACAGUCUUCACAUGGCAAUCGCUCAUAAACAAAAGGAAAUCGCUGAGUUGCUAUUGAAAAAUGGCUAUGAUCCAAACGCUCCAGCGACUUGUCAUUGUCGUGGCAAUUGUACGGCAACGGGAAACAUUCCGAUGACAUCGAUUUUACCGAGAUACAGUACCCACUCGAUGACUCCAGAUUCGAUGUGUUCGACGUGUGCGCAAUUGCGGGUGCAUUCAUUUGUCGAUCACACCCCAUUGGGUGUAGCCGUGCGAGCGCAAAGCAGUGAAAUGAUCGCCCUUCUGGUGGCCUAUGGAGCCGAUGUGAAUCUGAAUAUCGGUGACGAAGAAGGAAACACUCCAUUGUUGCUUGCUGUCCGAGAGUCUCCCCUCUCGUGGCCUUGUCUUCACACUUUGAUCUUCUUUGGGGCACAAAUCGAGCAAAAGAACUGUCGGGGAAUCUGCCCGCUAGACUUGGCAGCUGAGCUGAGAAGAUUACAGCAAACUUGCGUUGAUCAGCUAUUCAAGAGUGCCACCUCUUGUGAAACAAUUGUCGAACCACCUCCACCAAGACCGAUCGUUUCGAGAGGAUCUCACCGAUUACAACCAGAAGCCACCCCAGCCGCGCAAAAUAAACCGCCAUUGUCCCCAAAAAGUUCACAAUGCCCAUCACUUUCGACACUAUCUGUCAUGGAGACUUCGUCAGCAAAAGAAUCAGCGAGAAGAAAGAGUUUAGUCUCUUUGCAACUCCAGCAAAAAGCGAAAAAAUCGGCGAACAGUUACAAUUUAUUUGGAAAUAAUUAUGGGAAUGAUCCAUCCGUGGAAAACGUCUCCUGGGAACAAGCAUGGGAAUUGCUGAAGAAAAUGGCCGGGAAUCCUGAGUGUUUGGAUGCGAUACAUAGUAGUCUCACCAAAUAUGCGGCUGAAUUGGAAAAUAUUCCCAACAACGUCGAUCAUGAAAUCUUUGAUGCCCAUCUUGGCGGGGUUUUUCAUCGAAUCGUCGCUACAGCCAUUGAGCAAUUCGAGACAUCGACUCCAUCAUAUCGACGUCAGAAAAGGAAUCAAUUGAUUUGCACUGUUUGUUCACUGGCCUCAUUUUGUUUUCAAUUUCUACAAAAAGCCGGAUCGAGUCGACAUUUUUCCGCAUUGAGCACGUUAAACAAAAUCAUCGACACCGGCCUCGUGCACGAUCUCUUCACCACCCCGGACGCGAUUUUUCAUUCAUCCCGGCUUUUGAAUCGGAGUCACACUUUUGAUCUUGAAGACCCCGGAUUUUCACCUGGUGGUUCAAUGGAUCAACACUCGACAGUGGACCACGUUUUCGUUUAUGGAGCUCCAAAAGAUCUCUGCCCUUCAACGUUCCCGUUUGUCUCCAGUCCGAUCAUCGUUUCCACACCCAAACCAUCGGAUUUAAUGUCAACCUUUGCGAUGCAGGAACCGAGCCAAAUCAUUGUCUGCCUCCACAAUGCGAUCACGAUGCAGAACCGGGAGGCGGGCGCUCGUUGUGUUUGCAGUCCGGCACACCGAUGGCGACAAUGUAAUCAACAUUGCACACAGAUCCUUGUUGCUCGUCUGCUUCUCUUCCUCGCUCAUAUGAAGAAAUUUCGAGCGAAACUGAGUGGACAACUAAAAACCGUCAUUCAACUCCUUGAACCAACGCUAGAACCGCAAUUGUUAUGCCUUCUACUUCAAACUUUGGCUCUAAUCGCGAUGGAUUCAAGCACACACAGCGCUUUUAUUGAAGAAACAAUCGACGAUGUGCUCAUUCAAAUGCUAUUGCCAUCGGACGAUUGGUAUUACACAAAUCAUUCAACAAAAUUUGGACACUUUGUGAAAUUUCACGCGGCACGCAUUUUGGUCUACGUCGGCUUGGGUGACAGGGUCGGCAGUCGGGUGAAUCUCUUUCAAAUGCUGGGUGCUGAAGAAAAAGAUGACAAAUCAAAGAGCAAUUUCCCGAAUGAGGACGCGUAUAUUUGUGAAACGUGCUCAACACCGAAAUCGAUGUUCGCUUUCAGCAAGUCGUCGAUGAGCGUUGAGGGGAUUUUGUUGAAAUUGUUGCAGGAAGUGCAAGAGCUAGUGAAAAAGUCGAUGAACUUAUCGACAUCAGAGCCGAUUACCGAGGAAAGCCCAUCAGCCUCAAGUCCUCCAUGCAUCGAUACGGAUGCGCUCAAAAAUGUUUCCGCAAGCAGGAAUCAUUCACCGACAUUGCAAGUUGAUUUUGCCGCCAGGGAAAGCGCAUUUCAAUUGGCAUCUGUUGAAGUCUUGUUAUCGUUGGAGAACCUUGAAGCUCAUUUAUGUAAAUUGGGACUUGUCUUGGAUUCGUCUCUCUUGAUACGAUUGAUUUUGCACAAACUGAGCUGGGAUCUUGGAUUGGUCAGCAAAAAGAGGCCGAAACUAGUUGAUAAAGAACUCCAUCCCCACAAAACGAUCACCGAUCCACGAGUGCAAUCCACGAUGAGCUUAACGAUGCCAUCAUCAAGUAAAAUCGCGAAAUCGAAAUCAUUUGAUCGAAGAGAGGGAAGUGAGAAACGACGAGGAGACAGCGCAAAGAAUUUCCUUCGAGUGAAUGUCAGCCAGAAAAGUGCGAGAAGAGUACAGAUUAGGAGAUCAAGUUCUGUCGAGAUCCUGAGACCAAAACGAUUUUCGAGUGGAGCAAAAGACUUGAGACACAGCAAGAACAGGCGAAGGCAGAGAUUGGGAACUGAUACAAGCAGUGGUUCCACGAAAUCGAAGAAAACUCUCUCAAACAGCUCAUCUGUUCAAAAACAUUUACCUAAAUACUUCCAAUCGCUUUUUCGUGGACGAAUGGGAACGGAUCCGUGCAAGAGACAUGUCAGAAGAGACUCAAGCCCUGAAAGUAACACAUCUGGCUCAGAUGCGGUGUUGGAAUUCACGAGAAAGCUGCAAAAUUAUCCGUUGACGAGAAGAGAUGCGCUGAGAACAGCUUAUAAAAAUGAUCAACAAGAUUCACAAGAUGCGGCGAUCACAGCAAAGAGACUUGGCUACAAUCAUUUGCCCGAUCUUGAGAUCUACAUGGCUAGUCCACCAGUAUCUCCAAGAACUGCAAAUGGCUCAAUGAGCAGCAAUGUUUUCGUCGAUCCAGCCAUUCGUCGACCGAGCAGUCCACUGGCGCUACCCGGUCUACCGGUGAUCGAAAUUCGACGACCGUCCGCCAUUUCGCACUUUGAUUUCACUUAUUUUGUCAAUGCUACAGAGGGAGCUCCAUCUGAUAGUCUCGACUGUGCUCCCCUGCUGACUACCGGCGCCACUCCAACAUCGCGUAAAGGUUCCGAGAAUGGGUGGUGGGAUGAAUGGCACGAGGGACGAGGUUUGACAUCUCCGACAAUAAAUUCGUGGAGUCUAAGCCUUCGUGGAUCGACGACGAACUCAUCAGUGGGUGGCUGGUCAUCAAGAGCCUCGUCUGCAAUGUCGCAAAGAUCAUCUCGUUCCUCGCAAGGUCUCCGUUUAUCGAACUUCUCUGGUGGUACAAGCAUCGCUUCUGACGUCUCCGGCCCUUACCUCUUCAGCUUUGUGCUAAGGAAACGGGCAUCGACGAUUGGGACAAGGAUUCCAAUACCAAGAAGGGCACUCUCGAGAGGAAGCGAUCACAGCAGUCUCAAGGUACCUGAUAGAGAGAGUCCACUUCUCUCGAUGUCCGAAAUGUCUCCAGAUUUUCAAUGUGUUCGUCAACUUGUUCUCAAUGUGCUCACGAUUUACACAAGGAAUAAUGAGAAUGUGAUCAGCACAAUGAAAGAGUGCGCGGAUGUGUUGCGCCAAAUCUUGAACAGUCCACAACAUCCGACCGUGAAAAAUUGGUGUGCUGAGAUCAUCAAUGUGGUCACCGCGCAUGUCGAUCAAGAAGAGGCCGAAGCUGGCGAUAAUAUGGAGAAGGUCAAUGAUGAGUAUUUGGAGGUUGGU